AGAGCCAGCUUGAGCUCGGCUGCACUCGUCGUCGCCGUUGGAUUGGAUGGACUGUGGAUUGAUGAUAUUGUAUGCAAAUGGAGCUAUUCAAGAGUGGCCUCAAGACAGUCCUGGGUCACUCGGAGCCCAGCCCAGAACUGUCUGGUGCUGAGACGGUGGAGCGUCUGGUGGAGCGAUUACGAUCGUCCACCCUGCUGGAGGACAGGCGCGAUGCGUGCCGCGGACUCAAGGCCAUGUCGAAAAAGUUUAGGGUGGAGGUCGGCGCCCAGGCCAUGAACGAUCUGGUCGAGGUUCUGGUGAACGACAGCAGCGACAUCGAGAUAGCCAGCUACGCUCUGGACGCCCUGUGUAAUAUCACAUGUCGCGAACCGUUCGACGAAGAAGAAGAUAUCGCGCACCCAGAGAUUGGUGAUCAAUUCACGGAAAUCUUCAUCAAAUCUCCGGAGAACGUCAACCUGGCCGUCAGUAUGCUGGCAGAGUACGACUUCAAGAUCCGCUUCCCAUCGGUGAAGCUGAUUACUAACCUGCUCACCAACAGGCCGCGCGAACUGCAGGACCUGAUCCUGGUGGCACCUAUGGCAGUCUCAAAGAUGAUGGACUUGCUUAACGACCCCAGGGAGGUCAUCAGGAAUGAUGCUCUGAUCAUGCUCACCCAACUCACAAAGGGCAACGCCAACAUCCAGAAGAUCGUCGCAUUCGAGGGCGCCUUCGACCGUCUCUACGACGUUAUUGUGGACGAAGGCACCGCCGAGGGAGGUAUCGUCGUCGAAGACUGCCUCCUCCUGAUGCUAAACCUGUUGAAGAACAACGCCUCCAACCAGAGCUUCUUCAGGGAGGGCAGCUACAUCCAGAAGCUGACUCCCUUCUUCAGACUUGCCUCUGAGGAGCCUGAAGUAGGCUGGUCGGCGCAAAAAGUCAGCAACGUCCACUAUAUGCUACAGGUGGUGCGGACGCUGGUGUCUCCGAGCAACCCAAAGCAAGACACAUCAGCAGCUCAGAGAGUAAUGCACGCCUGUGGCCUGCUCACUCUACUGUGUGAGGUGCUGAUGGCUAGUGGAGUACCGGCGGAUAUUCUCACGGAGACCAUCAAUGCAGUCUCGGAGGUGAUUCGCGGAUCGGAUGUGAACCAGCAGUUCUUUGCGCAGGUCAUGGCGCCGUCAGAACCACCACGUCCGGCGAUCGUGGUCCUACUGAUGUCGAUGGUUAAUGAGAAACAGCCGUUCGUUCUUCGGUGUGCGGUUCUCUACUGCUUCCAGUGCUACCUGUUUAAGAACCACCACGGGCAGUCGGCUGUGGUACAGACCCUGCUACCCAGUCAGACCGUAGAAGCCUCUGGUAUCACGGCCGGUCAGCUGCUGUGCGGCGGUCUGUUCUCCUCCGAUCCUCUCUCCAACUGGUUCUCUGCGGUCGCUCUCUCUCACGCGCUGGUGGGCAACUCGGAGCAGCGCGCGCAGCUGCUCAGGGUACAGCUGGCGACCAGCGUGGGCAACCCGCCCGUCAGCCUGCUUCAGCAGAGCGUCACCAUCCUACAACAGACGAGUCGUCUUCAGACGCGUAUCGGCCUUCUGAUGCUCCUGGGGACCUGGCUGGCUCACUGCCCGGCCGCGGUCACCCAGCUGCUACGAAUACCCAGCGCGGUGCCCUACCUCAUGUCGCAGCUGAACAGUAACGAGAGCGACGAUCUGGAGCAGCUGUGUCAGGGUGUAUGUGCCUUCAUUAUGGGUCUGUGUGCCAUCGGCACCGACAACUCCGUCACUAACUACACAAAGGAUGAUCUUGUUAUGCUGAUCGAGCGUCGUGUGGGCGUGGAAACUUUCCUCAACAAACUCGGCCUAGUAAUGAAACACGAGUUCUAUAGUCGCAGCCUCAAACACCCGCAGCUCAGCGCCAGGGAGCCGAGACAGCUCGUCUUCGAGCACGAGUUCUGCAAACUGUUCAAGAACCUCGAAGGGAGUGUGAUCAAGGUGGUGACUCUGGAUGAUGAUGAGGGCGACACUCAGUCCCCGUCACCGGAGACUGAGAACGACUCCGAGAUGGUGCAGCGCUACAAACAGCUCAUUAGGACUCAGGACGAGGAGCUGGCACGACUCCGCUCCUCUCUCUCCGUACUGGAGGCUCAGUCGGAGGCACGUGCUCUGCAAAUCGACGAACUGACCUCGUCCGUGGAACAGCUGAAGGAUCAGAACACACUUCUGCGCGCCCAGAUCAGUACAGACCCUGAUCGGCCAGCGCCAGUAAUCGACACUACAGCUUCCCCGUCCGGACAGAAGAUGUCAGCACUGUCUGAGGAGCACAGCCAACAGAUGGCAGCACUGAGCGCCGACUGGGAGCGCCGCUGCGAGGAACUCUCGGCUGAAAAUGUCCGACUGCAACAGCUGAUGGAGACACAACACCAGGAGUGGCAGCAGUACUUUGUGCAGCAGCAGGAGCAGCAACAGCUACAGCAGCAGCAGCAGCAGCAGGCGGCACCAGACUCAUCCGACUCCACCGAGGUCAACGCCCUGAGGCACCAGGUCAGCGACCUCCAACAGCAGCUGGCUGCCCUACGGCUCUCCGGCGGGGUCAACGGCCUGGCCGAGGUCAACCCCACCAGUGGUUCUCAAACCUCUAUCGACUCCACGCAGCCCUCAGACGCCAUCAAGCGCGCGGCAGAGGCCGAGUUGGAAGCCUCUGCGCUGCGGCAGCGAGUCAGCGAGCUGGAAGCUCAGCUUUCCACCGCUCCUAGCUCCUCCGAGCUCUCACAGCUACGCCAGCGAGUUGCGGAACUCGAAAACUCCUCAACGCCCUCUAGCUUCCCCACUUCAACCGCGUCUGUGACAACCCAGGCCACCUCUGAGGUGGCGCCAGCGUCGGCGGCGACUUCAGAAGCCUCCGAGGAGCUGCGGAAGCUCCAUGAGAAGGUGGCAGCUCAGGAGGAGGAGCUGCGGGAGCUGAGGGGAGCUGGGGAGGAGCUGGAGGAGCUAAGGAGGGAACAGGAGGAUCUGCUGGUGCUGCUGACAGACCAGGAGGCGAGGCAGGAGGAGUACAAGAAGAAACUCCGGCAGCUGGGAGUGGAGGUGGAAGAUGAUGACGACUGAAGAACAUCCCGACCUUCUGAGAACGACAGAAGCACUGUGCAAUGGCGUACACAGGGUCGGGCAUGGCGCGCCGAGUGUACUCUGUACCGGUAAGGGCCGUGGUGCACCUAGUGUACCAGCGUAGUUGACGCACCUUGCCGCCUAUGGAACCCAUGGUUAUUGGUGAAUUUUUGUUGUCAAGUCGUCUUUGAUAAACAGAGGAACAUUAUUACACGAAGCGAUAAAAACAGGCUUGUCGGGUCAGAUAUCAAAGUGAUGACGCAUUUCUUCAGAUUGGGCGAGCUAGCUAGGCAAGAGCUAGCGAGCGUAAAUAUCUGCUUAAAUGAGGAGAGAACGGAUAUAUGGUGUCGGUUGUGAAUUGUGAUCGGUGCGUGUGAUGUGAUGUUUUUUCACAUUCCCAAUGUAGUUAACUGUCCAAGUGGCGAGUUCCAAUGGUAAUUGGGUGAGCGAGGCUAUUAAAUAUGACUAUUCUGAAGGCCUGCGACUAUCGGUGAUAAGACAGUUUAUCAUACAAAUGAUGAAAGUGAUCGGUGCGUAUUUGUGUCCUACCAGGGGCCAAAAUACAGUAUUUUGCCAUGGUGGUACUGAAACAGGUCUGUUUGGUAAAUAGAUCUUCAAUUAUUCUCUCGAUUCUCUCGUAUUGGGUUUCCCACACUAGGGCUACCGAUUUUCCUUUUUUGCACAGCAAAAAGAAGCACUACGUAUCGAGGUUUUUCAUCAACGCGUGCUUAUUCGAAAAGGCACCAUAUGACGCAUAGCUCUUGACAAGCUGCUAUUGAGGGCAAGUAGCACGGUAGCAUAUUUAUUGAAAUAAGGCAGAAUAUGUGAGGAAUGAUAUGGUUGGGUCUUGUGAGGGGCAAAGACAAGCCUUUUGUGAGGCUCGCGACGCCGGUUAUGAUUCCGUAUUGGAGGGGGUGUGAGUCCUGAUUCCCGAUGAGUGUUAGAUAAUGCUGUUUUGUGAUGGAUUGGUGUAAACUUAUGCUACCAAAGCUGCCUGUUGUAAACGGUUCGCCGCCCUGUAUUUUGACCACUUGGGGUUGUAACAAAUACAUAGAAAUGUUUCA